AUGGCCCAGCCGGUCCACAGCCUCUGCUCCGCCUUUGGCCUCCAGUGCUGCCUCCUCUUCCUUCUAGCUUCUUGGGGGGCAGGUGCUACUACAUUCCAAGAAUAUCAGAAAACUGGGGAACUCUCAACAUCCGAUCACAUAUUUCCCCUCACUCCAGGCCUUGUUUAUAGUAUCCCUUUUGAUCACAUUGUUCUGCAUUCAGGACAAAGACCUCCAGAGCUCCCUAAAUCUACAGAAAUCCAUGAGCAAAAACGCCACUGCAACACCACACGCCAUUCUAAGCCAACUGACAAGCCUACAGGCAACUCCAAAACUACAGACCACAAAAGCUCUACAGAUAAUCAUGAGGCUCCUCCCACUUCUGAAGAAAACUCCAGCAACCAAGGGAAAGACCCAAUGAUCCGGAACCAGCGCUCUGUUGAUCCUGCUGACUCCACCACCACACAUAAAGAAUCCGCUGGAAAAAAACAUAUAACGUCAGCACCCAAGAGCAAAAUAAACUGUCGUAAGUCCACAACAGGCAAAUCAACGGUAACAAGAAAAUCAGAUAAAACUGGAAGACCUUUGGAAAAGUCCAUGAGUACUUUGGAUAAGACAAGUACCAGCUCACAUAAGACUACAACUUCCUUCCACAACUCAGGCAAUUCACAGACCAAGCAAAAAAGCACAUCUUUUCCAGAAAAAAUCACAGCAGCCUCAAAAACAACAUACAAGACCACAGGAACCCCAGAAGAGUCAGAAAAAACUGAAGAUUCCAGAACAACAGUUGCCUUAGACAAGCUCCUGACAAAAACUACAAAAAACAUACAAGAGACCACAUCAGCCAAUGAGAUCACACAAUCUCUAGCAGAGCCUACAGAACAUGGAGGAAGGACAGCCAAUGAGAACAACACACCAUCCCCAGCAGAGCCUACAGAAAAUAGAGAAAGGACAGCCAAUGAGAAGACCACACAAUUCCCAGCAGAGCCUACAGAAAAUAGAGAAAGGACAGCCAAUGAGAACACCACACCAUUCCCAGCAGGGCCUACAGAACAUGGAGAAAGGACAGCCAAUGAGAACACCACACUAUCCCCAGCAGAGCCUACAGAACAUGGAGAAAGGACAGCCAAUGAGAACACUACACCAUCCCCAGCAGAGCCUACAGAACAUGGAGAAAGGAUAGCCAAUGAGAAGACCACACCAUCCCCAGCAGAGCCUACAGAAAAUGGACAAAGGACCCCAUUUGCCAAUGACAAAACCACAUCAUCCUCAGCAGAGUCUACAGAACAUGGAGAAAGGACCCCACUGGCCAACGAGAACACCACACCAUCCCCAGCAGAGCCUACAGAAAAUAGAGAAAGGACAGUCAAUGAGAACACCACACCAUCCCCAGCAGGGCCUACAGAAAAUAGAGAAACGACAGCCAACGAGAAGACCACACUAUCCCCAGCAGAGCCUACAGAAAAUAGAGAAACAACAGCCAAUGAGAAGACCACACCAUCCCCAGCAGAGCCUACAGAAAAUGGACAAAGGACCCCAUUUGCCAAUGAGAAAACCACAUCAUCCUCAGCAGAGCCUACAGAACGCGGAGAAAGGACCCCACUGGCCAAUAAGAACACCACACCAUCCCCAGCAGAGCCUACAGAAAAUAGAGAAAGGACAGCCAAUGAGAAGACCACACCAUUCCCAGCAGAGCCUACAGAAAAUAGAGAAAGGACAGCCAAUGAGAACACCACACCAUCUCCAGCAGAGCCUACAGAAAAUGGAGACAGGACUCCACUGGCCAAUGAGAAGACCACACCAUCUCUAGCAGAGCCUACAGAAAAUGGACAAAGGACCCCAUUUGCCAAUGAGAAGACCACAUCAUCCUCAGCAGAGCCUACAGAACACGAAGAAAGGACUCCACUGGCCAAUGAGAACACCACACCAUCCCCGGCAGAGCCUACAGAAAAUAGAGAAAGGACAGCCAAUGAGAACACCACACCAUCCCCAGCAGGGCCUACAGAAAAUAGAGAAAUGACAGCCAACGAGAAGACCACACUAUUCCCAGCAGAGCCUACAGAAAAUAGAGAAAGGAUAGCCAAUGAGAAGACCACAUCAUCCCCAGCAGAGCCUACAGAAAAUGGACAAAGGACCCCAUUUGCCAAUGAGAAAACCACAUCAUCCUCAGCAGAGCCUACAGAACACGGAGAAAGGACCCCACUGGCCAAUGAGAACACCACACCAUCCCCAGCAGAGCCUACAGAAAAUAGAGAAAGGACAGCCAAUGAGAACACCACACCAUCCCCAGCACAGCCUACAGAAAAUGGAGACAGGACUCCAUUGGCCAAUGAGAAGACCACAUCAUCUCUAGCAGAGCCUACAGAAAAUGGAAAAAGGACCCCAUAUGCCAAUGAGAAGACCACAUCAUCCUCAGCAGAACCUACAGAACACGAAGAAAGGACUCCACUGGCCAAUGAGAACACCACACCAUCCCCAGCAGAGCCUACAGAAAAUAGAGAAAGGACAGCCAAUGAGAAGACCACACAAUUCCAAGCAGAGCCUACAGAAAAUAGAGAAAGCACAGCCAAUGAGAAGACCACAGCAUUCCCAGCAGAGCCUACAGAAAAUAGAGAAAGGACAGCCAAUGAGAACACCACACCAUCCCCAGAAGAGCCUACAGAACAUGGUAAAAGGACAGCCAAUGAGAACACCACACUAUCCCCAGCAGAGCCUACAGAACAUGAAGAAAUGACCCCAUCGGCCAAUGAGAAGACCACACUAUCCCCAGCAGAGCCUACAGAAAAUGGAGAAAGGACCCCAUUUACCAAUGAGAAGACCACACCAUCCUUAGCAGAGCCUACAGAACAUGGAGAAAGGACCCCACUGGCCAAUGAGAUCACCACACCAUCCCGAGCAGAGCCUACAGAACAUGGAGAAAGGACAGCCAAUGAGAAGGCCACACCAUCCCCAGCAAAGCCUACAGAACAUGGAGAAACAACAGUCAAUGAGGACACCACACCAUCCUCAGCAGAGCCUACAGAAAAUGGAGAAAGGACCCCACUGGCCAAUGAGAACACCACAUCAUCCCCAACAGAGUCUAUAGAACAUGGAGAAAGGACAGCCAAUGAGAAGACCACACCAUCCCCAGCAGAGCCUACAGAACAUGGAGAAAGGACACCAUCAGCCAAUGAGAAGACCAUACCAUCUCCAGCAGAGCCUACAGAACACGAAGAAAUGACCCCAUCGGCCAAUGAGAACACCACACCAUCCCCAGUAGGGCGUAUAGAACAUGGAGAAAAGACUACAUUGGCCAAUGAGAAGAUCACACUAUCCCCAGAAGGGCCUACAGAACAUGGAGCAAAAACUACGUCGGCCAAUGAGAAGAUCACACCAUCCCUAGCAAAGCCUACAGAACAUGGAGAAAGGACCACAUCACCCAAUGACAAGAUCACCUCAUCUGCAGCAGAGUCUACAGAACAUAGAGAUAGGGCUACAUCAGCCAAUGUGAUCACACCAGCCCCAGCAGAGCCUAUAAAACAUGCAAAAAGGACCACAUUGGCCCAGGAGAAGAUGACACAAGUCACAGAAAAGUCCACAGAACACCCAGAAAAGACCACGUCAACCACAGAGAAAACCACAAGAACCCCAGAAAAGCCUACGCUAUACUCAGAGAAGACCAUAUGCACCAAAGGGAAAAACAUACCAGUCCCAGAAAAGCCUACAGAAAACCCGGGGAACACCACACUGACCACUGAGACCAUAAUAGCCCCAGUAAAGUCCACAGAAAACCCAGAAAAAACAGCAGCAGUCACAAAGACUAUAAAACCUUCAGUCAAGGUCACAGGAGACAAAUCUCUCACUACUACCUCUUCUGAUCUAAAUAAAACUGAAGUUACUCAUCAGGUGCCCACUGGUUCUUUCACCCUCAUUACAUCUAGAACGAAGCUGAGUUCUAUCACAUCAGAAGCCCCAGGCAACGAGAGCCAUCCAUACCUCAAUAAAGAUGGCUCACAGAAAGGUAUCCACGCUGGACAGAUGGGAGAGAAUGAUUCAUUCCCUGCAUGGGCCAUAGUUAUUGUGGUCCUGGUGGCUGUGAUUCUCCUCCUGGUGUUCCUUGGCCUGAUCUUCUUGGUCUCCUAUAUGAUGCGGACACGCCGCACACUAACCCAGAACACCCAGUACAAUGAUGCAGAGGAUGAGGGUGGCCCCAAUUCCUACCCGGUCUACCUGAUGGAGCAGCAGAAUCUUGGCAUGGGCCAGAUCCCUUCCCCACGGUGAUCUUGGAGUAGGCGCCCAGCCCUGGCUCUUCCAUGCUCUGCCCCUUUCCUGGAUGAGGAACUGGACUCACAAUUUCUAUUUCCUGGACUACAGGAAGGGCAGAGAAUACUGACGGUUACCAGUAUUAACCCUUCAUCUGUUCUUGAAACUGGUUGGGGAAUGAGGUGAUAAGCAAGGAGGGUGUAAGUUUAGGGGACAAAGAAGAAAGAAUGAAUAAUACGAGCAGACAUUCUCUGUAGAAGGUGAUGGUCUGAGAAUGAAAAGGUGUUUGAUGGACAUGUUGUGGGGGCACCAAUGCAGAACACUGCACUGAGUCCUAAAGGAAGGACAGGAGCCUUAUAGGCAAUGCCCCAGACUGACUUGUGAGUGGGGUUUAUGGGGAAAGGGAGGGAAUGAGGGCACAGUCUCUGGGUUUCAGGACAGCAUUAUGUUAUUUCCAUUCACUAUUACUUAAGAGUUUGUGUGUAAACAGGCUCAUCUCUGAGUUCUCAGGACCCUUGCCCACCCCCCCCAUUUUUUUAAUGAAAAAAAAAAAUACAAAAAAAACGGAUCCAAGAAGAAAAGAGAAUUUAUUUCCUUCUCCACUCUCUCCAUGCCCUGGAGAAAAAAAAGUCCAGAAGAAAUCAUAAAUAUCUCUCGUCCACAUGGUUGCUUCCUCUUCCUCCCAAAUCCCUUAGUUUUCCUAAACGUCUACAGUGGACGCCCUGUUGGUUUGGCUUGCUGGGUUGUGGGUGGACACGCAAGGAGGGGAUUUUUAUUUGGCCAGCAGUCUCACCCACUGAUCUCCACCCCAGACCUUCCCUGAUGGUGUCUCAGCAUUUAUUUUCCUGUCUCUUCCACCAAAAGUCAGCUGUAGCUUUAUCUCAUAAAAGUUACCCAUCUUCUCUACUGUCCCCAUUCUCUCUCCUCCCACCUUCACCCCAGAUUCCAGUUUUCCUCCUUGUAGGCAUUUCAUCUGUGUGUGUUUUCUGGAUUUUCUCUCUCUCUUCUUAUGGCCAUUUCACCUUAUUACUGAUUGGGCAGAGGGGGAAAAGGAGAAUGAUGAUGAUAGUUUCCUUCUGUCUAUUGACCUUUUUUAUAAUAAAGUAUAACAUGUUUAUAAAGGG